CAUGAGACGACAUCAGAGCCACAUAAUCCACUGAUCUCAGGACAUUUCUCAUGGAUGUUUCAUAUGAAGAUAUGAGUUUGACAUCAGCUGUAGACGCUCAUCUUCUGAACUGGGUUUAUCUGUCUCUUCAGGACUCAUCUGAUGAUGAUGGAAACCACCAGAACAAACCUGAACUGGAUUCACAUCUUCAUACCAACAUCAUAAGAAACUUCAUUCAUCAGCACAGCACACAGAGAGACAGCAGCUUAUAUAAGACUUUAUCUACUUUUUACUCUUUAAACAACAUCCUCGAGGAUCUCAGCUCAUUGACAGAAAACUUCUCUGACCUCUCGCUCUCCUCUGAACCUCAAAGACCCUGCAAGAAACCUCCACCCAACUACCUGUGUCACCUGUGCUUCAAUAAGGGUCAUUACAUCAAAGACUGUCCACAGGCUCGUCCUAAAGGUGAGGGCCUGACCCCAUAUCAGGGGAAGAAGAGAUGUUUCGGGGAGUACAAGUGUCCAAAAUGCAAGAGAAAAUGGAUGAGUGGAAACUCUUGGGCAAACAUGGGACAGGAAUGCAUUAAAUGCCACAUCAACGUCUAUCCACAUAAACAGCGUCCUCUGGAGAAACCUGAUGGUCUGGAUGUGUCAGAUCAGAGUAAAGAGCAUCCACAGCAUCUCUGUGAGAAGUGUAAAGGGUUGGGAUAUUACUGCCGUCGAGUUCAAUGACCUGACAGACAUUCAUUCACAUCCUCAUCCAGCCUGUAACACGAGUACAUCUAAUUAUUUAUACUGAACCCUAAAAUAAAGGAUGUUCCUGGAUCAAAAUAACGUGAAGAUUGUGAAGUCUCGGGUUUGAGCAUCGGCUUCAUGGACAGUAUAAGCAAAACUCAUCUAUAGAGACUGCAUGCACAGGUUAACAAGAAGAAUCCAGACUCUUUAAAUGGAGUAAAUGGAGGUCAUUGCAUUUAUUGGAUAUUUUAAUGCCUUAUAUUUGACAUCAGGUCAGUUGCACAUCUGUGAUUCACAAACACAUGUACAGUGUGAAAUACCUCCAGUAUGUUUAAAUGAAACAUGUUCUGAGAUGUUAUCUUAAUAUUC